AUGGCCAUUGACAAGGAAACAGAUCAGUACCAAAACAGCAACUUACUACAAAAGAAAGCAGAUUUGAAAAACUUUUUCACCACUGUUACAACCAAAGAGUCUCCAGUUUCUUUGUCACUUUCUCAGACUUGUCAACUGCAUGAACAAAUAAAGCUUUUUGAUCAAUUCAGCGGCAUUGAUCUUGGCAAAAUCGAUGCCAAGGAACGUUUUACUUUGCAAAAAAGUGGACUAAAUGAGUACUUUGAUACAGUGUGUGAGAAAGUUGUGAAGAAAUGCCCAUUGAUUACAAGUAUCACUAAAGCAUUGGUGGAAGGAACCAACAUACAGGACAACAGUGAGAGAAAUGCCCUAUUCAAGUUCAAGCAAGCUUUACCACUGUUAACUUUUAUUACCCAUUUCAGGUCGCAGAAAUCAUUGUCAGAUUUUCCAAAUUUAUUUGGCCUGUUGUUAAUAGCCAAUGGUGGAGGGAAAUCUAUCUUAACACUUCUGUCUUCAAUAGGAUUAUGCAAGAGCUAUAAGUGGUAGUAAGUAACUACAGUCAUAUACAUUUCAGUGAUUCAAAUGGUCAAAACCCUGAUCAAUACUUACAUGCAUAGUACACACAUACAAUUCUGAAGCUCAUUUUAAAGGGCAUUUCAUUUACCAAUGAAAUUAUACCAGCUUACAAGUUUAAAAAAAACUAUGGGAGUUAGUUCAUUACAGCAUAUAAUGCCACUUUUACAAAUACUGACCCACAUUUCAAUCUACAUCUCAAAAGAGUCAACACUCUUUAAUAUUGUGUCUUUUUUUAGAGAUGGUUUAAUUAAAAGUACGAGAUUCCAGAAUAUGUCAUAUCUUUUUUAACUAUAUAAAAGACAGAAAAAACAGGACAUGUGAUUUGUGUUGCAUUAUUUCAAAAGGAGAUGAAUCUGCUUUUAUUUGUUACUUAAAAAUUCGUUUUUGGUCUUUUCUCAGUCGUAAGUGGAUGGGUCGUCUAUUUAAGACUUACACUGAUGCCAUAUCAGUUGCUUUUCCUUCUAACACACCCCUGAUAAUAGGAUAUGACAAUAUCAACAUCUACAAGGGUAAAGCCCGAUUUUCUAGACUGAAGAGAAAAAUUCUACCAGUGAUGUGGAACCUUACCGUGCGUAUGGCUCGGAAGCCCAAUAUUGAUGGCAUUGAACAUCCUUGGGAAAUUCCUGACACAGCUGCUUGUAAACCUCAGAAAGAUAUAUUGGCCCUAACUGUUGAGGACAUCUUUCUAGGUAUCUAGUAUUAGCAAAUAAUGUAUGGUUUUAACUUAUUAACAUUUCGAAUCAAUUUACUGCAUAUUUGGUAGUUAUUAUAACUGUAGGUAAAGUUGAUGUCAAAAUGAGUCAUGCUUACAGUGAAACACAUACUCUUAAAUUACUAUUUUUUCUUCUUCAGAAAAAUUAAGGUUUGGGGUCUUCUAUUUAAUUCCUCAAAAACAGAGGGGGUAGAGCCAACUUUUUAAGCUUUCAAUAUAGCACAAAAUAACCUGAGAACAGACUACCUGCAACUUCAAUAUCUUUGAAUUAUGGUUGUAGUCAUUAAUUAUCACGUGACUUAUCAAGGCUAUUAUUAGUGCAAAAUGGGACCACUUUUCAUUUCUUUCUGGAAGUUGCAGUUAUUAUUAUAGUGAUGAGGCUAAUAGGUAUAUCAUUUCGGUGACCAGGCCUUUUAAGUUACCCUUUUAAAAAGGGGCGAAAUUCAAAAACUGUUUGAUGGACAGAUGUUUAGUUGUUCACCUAGGGACAUUUUUGGUAUUAACUUCUUUGAUUGACUGCUUGAAUAAACUGGUGCCAUUUCUAAUUUAAGUUUUUUCGUGCAAAAUAGCCUUUGAAGGUCAGAUGACCUAAUUUGCAUAUUCUUUUACACAGAAUUAAUAACCAAGUGUCAGUUAAGUUAUGGUUAUUCUCUUGGCUAGUUCUUAUAAGGUCAUUGGCUUAGACCAUUAGGGUCAUGUACCCAAGCUUUUUAUUCAAAUCCCAUUGAUCCUUCCUAAAUUGAGUGACCAUUGAAUAAAAACUUCCAGCUCUUGUAACAAUGGCAUGUUGCUGCCAUGUCAUCCUUGAAAUUUAUAAUAUAGAUAGCUCUGUUUCAUACCUUUCUGUACAUCAUCACAUGAUACUAAUGAUAAUAUUGGGUUAUAAUAAUCAUACUAUAAUUAGUGCUCUAAUUCAUAUGAUUUUGACAAGUUUUCACAAUGAUGAUUCUUGAUAGGAACCCAUUACCCACAGGGAUAUUAAAAGUAUGAUCUCUAAAUUCCGGAGAGUGAUUUUUUAACAGGCAGUUCAACAGGUUGUUUAUGCAGAAUGCAGAAGGUUGAACUGCACAGGCUUUAUAUCACAUGAGAGGUUCAUAUAUUUUUAAAUUUAAUCUACUCUCAAACAGAUUCUCAUAAGGAGCUGUCCACUAUCAUUGAAAAAGCCAAACACAAGUGGCUGCUAAGGUUGCUUCAUUAUGGCCUUAACAUUGGUAUCACCUUUGACGAUCUGAAAAGCAGAGAUGAAAAAUCAAUCAAUACCUUACUUGAGAACUUUCAGAAGCCUUCAAAACUUUCAAACAAUGUUAAUGUCCCAAAGCAGGAAUAUGACUACCCCCAAAAUGCAGGGAAAAAAGCUGAGAUAAUGAUUUUACCUUUGUCCAUUGAUGAUGAAACCACUACAAGUGGAACUGCAUCCAUCUUACAAAAUUAUUCAAAAGAGUUUGGUCUUCAAUGUGAACGUUCAAGUAAUUACAUUCCAAAGGAUCACAUGACAGGAAAGUUCAAUCUUUCAGCAGCAAGGGAACGAUUCCUUUUCUACCAAGGCUUAAAAUAUCACUAUGAAGAAAUGAAAGUUUUCAGGAAGACCCUUGAAGACAACGAUAAGCAUAUCACAGAUGAACAAGGGGAAGAUUCGUCAGAUAGUGUUCAUGACUCUGAUUCAGAAGUAGAAGUUACUGAAGGGAAUUGUAAACAAUUAAAUUUUAAAGAAUUCUGUGCAAAAGUUGAACAAACAAUGAAAAAUGCAAUGGCAAAACUUAAAAGUUGUACCAGUGGAAAGAAUUUGCAGCAAAGUGACAUGAUAUUGCGGCAGCGCCAAAGUGAAUGGUUGUUGUUAGAGGACCAGUUUAAACGCACAUGUCUACACCUGGCAGUUGAAGAAAAUGAUCUCCAUCUAGCAGAGAGCCUUUUAGUUUCUGGUGCAGAAAUUAACAAACCAGAGGGAUGUGGUGUAACACCAGUUAUGAUCGCAGUCAUUAAAGAGCAGUUUCAAAUGGUACAGUUGCUAUUGAAAUACAAUGCUAAAACACAUGGUACAUUUACAGGUCUAAUUCCACCGCCAUCAGACCCGUUGAAUCGAUUGAUAACCCUGCCAUUAAAGCAGCAAUUUCGCAACACAUAA